AUGUCAUCCUUGUCUACGGAGCAUCAUCCAGUUCGUCAAAUUAAUCUUCAACUUGCUUUACAGGUUGCUUUGGAGGCAUGCCGAUUGGCUGCUUUGGAAAUUCGGGAACACUUUGCAUCUCAACAAAAAACCUUUCUCACCAAAUCCACCAUCAUUGAUAUGGUCACUCAAACCGAUAAACGGGUAGAGGAGAUUGUGAGCCAACAUUUAUUAAAAGCAUAUCCCGAUCAUCAAAUUGUUGGAGAGGAAUUUAAUAAUAAGGAUACAACCUUAUCCAAGAAUGGAUAUUGUUGGAUUAUUGAUCCGAUUGAUGGAACUACAAAUUUUGUUCAUAGAAACCCAAAUGUCUGUACGAGUAUUGCAUUGGCUUAUUGUGGGAGUGUCGUGUUAGGUGUGGUUCAUAAUCCAAUUCUUGAUGAAACUUUUUAUGCUAUCAAAGGAGAAGGCUCUUAUCAAAAAACUCCAUUCACUCAACAACAAUUUGAAAAAUGUAUCAUUAGUCAAUGUGAUUCAAUUUCAGGUUCAUUGUUGUCGAGUAAUUUUCCUUACGGUAGAACAGAAGAUGUGUUGACAUUGGUAGAAAAGAAGUAUGGAGCUUUCUUGAGAAUGGGAUGUCACGGAAUUAGAGGUAGCGGAAGUGCUGUCAUUAAUUUGUGCUAUGUUGCAAAUGGAUCCCUCGACGCCUAUUUUGAAAAUGGAAUUCAAAUUUGGGAUAUGGCUGCAGGAAAAAUUAUUGUCGAAGAGGCUGGAGGAGUUGUGUGUGAUCCGUGUGAUUUGGAAAAACCUGAGGAAAUUCUUUUGCAAAAUCAUCGAUGUCUUGCCACGAGUACAAAACCAUUGGCCAUUGAAAUGAUUCAAGUUUUGAAAAAGAUCGAGGAAGAGCAUUAA